UGAGAUUUUCGUUGUGCUGAGCUGGGUCCCGCGUGAUCUGUAAUUAGUCGCGAUCGGGCACAAGCGGUGAAAGGAUGCAUUUGUUGGUGUUGCUAGGCAUCAGGAAUCGGUACGGGCAGGUGAUGAAGCUAUGAGUGUUCGCAGUCGAAGGUCCAAGGCAAAGGUCAACAGUCGUAGUUGUAGUGUGAAGAAGGUGAUGGAAGGUGGCUAUCAGGAUCAGUUGCUGUUCGGUGCCGAGAGUGGUGAUGUGGAGCUGGAACUGGAAACCGGUGAUGGGCACUGUCAGCGGUCACAGGCGAAUGCACGGGAACGGUUCAGGACGCACAGUGUCAACUCCGCCUUCACCAAUCUGCGACUGCUAAUCCCGACAGAGCCCAGGAAUCGCAAACUGUCCAAAAUCGAAACUUUGCGGCUAGCCAAAAGCUACAUAUCACAUUUGAUAGCGGUUCUGAUAACUGGAAAUCUCCAGCAACCCUGCUUGCAAGCUCAGACUAGUCAAGAUGGAAACACUUUGAGUGAAAGCAUCAUCAACGCCGACGAUAAUGACAGCAGUCAGUGUGUCGGAACGGCAAGGAUGCCGCGCGAUAACUGCAAUCUAGUAGGCAUGUACGAUUGCACUACGGGAAAUCGGUCAGCAAGAGCAAAUAUUUGCACGUUUUGUGUUUCGCCUAAAGGCGAUUUGAAGCUGAGAGCGAAUAUGUUAUAA